CCACUCUACCCUAAUAGUUUACUAAUUUAUUGUAUCAGUUAUUUAAAGCUGAUUAUUGUGUAUUACAUCAUGUUAUCGAGAGGGCUGCCUGUGAGAGAUGCUGUAAUCACACAGCUGACUGUCAUGACCUGACAGCAGGGCGGAGAUUAACAGGCUUUUUAAAACUAUUCUUCGAUCGGUUUGAGCUUUGGCCAACACUGAGUGAGAUGGUCGAAACCACCAUCAAGCCCCAUCAUGUUUGACUGAUCUUUCCCACCGGAUAACAACAACUGCUAUCUGCAGAAAUGUGCUGAUCCAAACUUCUGUUGCUCUUGAACUCCAGAAGCCCAGCUUUGUCAAUGAGGUCCAAUCAUCCCACGGAAGAGGAGAGAUCUUCAUAGCCCCAGCGAAAACGUUUCUUUGGAGCGGCCACCUCAACACUUGCUUGAUUCCAAGGAAAUACAGAUUUUUGUUUGUGUGGUGGUGCAUGUGAGAGGUUGAAAGUGUUUCUCCAACACGUCCUCCAGAAACUCAGACUGUUUUCCAAAGCAGACGAGUCUCAACCCUCUCCUACAGCAGUGAUGGGAAGUGUGAGAUCACAUCGGUACAGCAUAGUUUCCUCUGAGGAAGGCGGGAUGAAGCUAUCCCCCAUCGCUAUGCAAAAUGGCUACGGCAAUGGAAUUGUGGGCAGCAAAGUGCACACGCAGCGGCAAGCACAAACCCGCUUUGUCAACAAGGACGGACACUGCAACGUGCAGUUCAUCAACAUGAGUGAAAAAGGUCAACGCUACCUGGCUGACAUCUUCACGACAUGCGUUGACAUUCGCUGGAGAUGGAUGAUGGUCCUCUUCUGCCUCUCCUUCCUAUUGCCCUGGCUUCUCUUCGGACUUAUAUUCUGGUUCAUUGCACUUUCAUCCGGUGACUCAGAGAAUCAAGAGCAGAUAUGCAUUUCGAACGUUGACAGCUUCACGGCAGCCUUCCUGUUUUCUGUGGAGACGCAAACAACUAUUGGUUAUGGCUACCGAUAUGUAACAGAGGACUGCCCCCUUGCUGUCUUCAUGGUGGUUUUCCAGAGCAUCUUGGGAUGCAUCAUUGAUGCCUUCAUCAUUGGUGCAGUCAUGGCUAAGAUGGCCAAGCCUAAGAAAAGAAACGAAACCCUUGUGUUCAGUCACUAUGCCACAAUAGCCAUGAGAGACAGUAAACUGUGUCUAAUGUGGAGAGUCGGGAACCUCCGUAAGAGCCACCUGGUGGAAGCUCACGUUCGCGCCCAGCUGCUCAAAUCCCGCACCACGGCUGAAGGCGAGUUCAUCCCGCUGGAUCAGAUAGACGUUGAUGUCGGAUUCGACACUGGUAUUGACCGCAUAUUUCUAGUGUCUCCCAUCACCAUCGUGCAUGAGAUUGAUGAGGACAGUCCUUUGUAUGACAUGAGCAAACAGGAACUGGAAAGUUCGGAGCUGGAGAUAGUGGUGAUUUUGGAGGGCAUGGUGGAAGCUACGGCCAUGACCACUCAAUGUCGCAGCUCUUAUGUGACGAGCGAAAUCCUGUGGGGCCAUCGCUUUGAGACGGUCCUUUUUGAGGAGAAAAACCAUUACAAGGUGGACUACUCACGCUUUGAGAACACCUACGAGGUUCCCAGCACGCCUCAAUGUAGCGCUCGAGAUUUGGCCGAAAAUAAGUACAUCAGGUCUAGCUCCAACUCUUUUUGUUACGAGAACGAAGUAGCCUUCAUGGAUAAAGAGGAAACUGAGGAUGAUGAGGAUGAUGAGGAUGAUGACGAUGAUGACGAAGAAGACCAGAGGAACAUCAAGAGGGACAGUGUGGCCUUGGAAGGAUCCAAUACUGAUGAUGUCAAAAGCACAGCUUCCAGUCAGGAUACUUUACAGCUACAACUCAAACCUUUAAGACAACAACCUGAGUUAUGUCCGCUUUAAAAAAAGAAAAGAUGCAUGGUAUAUGGUGACUAUAUGGUGUAUAGCAUAAGAAAAUGCUAUUCUGCUGCUGUUUUGAGAGCAAAAUUUUGCCAGUGGUUUAAGUGGAACACAAGUUUGGGAUGCAGACGUCUUGUAACUUUUACUUACGCUUGUUAUCCAAGAAGACAGAUCAACAAACAUUAACUUUCAAAUCUGAUCCAACUGUCUAUACGUAAUCAAUUUAUAAUAUGGACAAGAAUAGCACAUGUUGUAGAUAAUAUAAGAUCUGCUUCAAACCGAGGGUAGAUUACACCACACAAAUUUUGCACAGGUUUUUUGCCCGAUUUACAAUCUGGAAGGGUUGAUGCUAGGUGUCUAAAGUCAGAGUCGGUAGAUCUAGGGCAUUCACCAUUCAAAGUUGACAUAUUUCAAAGAAAAUGGCAUAUAUGAUGUUCACAGACUGUCAUGUAACCUAAUAGCUGAUAAGUUUUUUUGGCCUUCAAACUUUGAUACCAUCCAGUCAGAGGACAUCAAACAUGUUUAAUAUUUUGAGAUGAUUUUUUAAAACAUAUAUUGUGUUCACAUAGUGAAGUAGAAACAGUCUAUUCUAACUGGGUAGAGUUAGUUUUCUGUCCACCAUCUUGGAUGCAUUUUUUUUUUUUUUUUGUCACAAUGCAUUCUGGGAUUACUUUCUCCAUUAAGCAUACAUUUGGCAAAGAUAAAGAAGGCUACCUUGGGUCGUAGCAUUAUGUUGCUACCUACAUACUUUUGGAACAGCUUUCACUGAAGCCAGUCUUUGAUAAUGUCUAUAUGUAGCUCAAUGGUUUUGGAGCGGAGCUAUAAUGUAACAGAUCCCAGUGAUUUGCAGGACAGACAGUUUUGUCCAAUUGUCCAUGCACACAGGCUACUAGCAGCACAUUCAUGAUAAUACCUUGUGCAAAAUCCAGUGUCAUGAUGAAAUCAUGUCUUUUAGAGCAGAAGUGGUACAAAGAAGGAUAGUGAAGAUGAGAACCAUAUGUUUCCUUUUGAUCUGGUCUAUGCCUUUAAAUCUACAAUAGGGGAUAUUUUGAACAUUUAAAACUCACUGCAGUGAUGUCAUGAUUUAAAAUAAAUGAAUGAAACACAAGUUUAGAAAACUAGCCUCCAUAUUUCACAUGUGGUUGUGACUGAAAACAGGUAUUUUUUUGGUGGCGGUAUAUGCCCAUGUGAAGUACUGUAUGUUCACAGAUGGUUUGAAAACCUGUUAAUGAGCUGGUCUCUUAACAACAUGGUAUUUCUCUCCUCUUUCUAUAAACGCUAUUCUGUAUAAAAGAAAAUAAUGCUUAUAUACAGUACAUAAUUGACUCGUGUUGGUUAUUACGUUAUAAUAUCAGUAUUGAAGAUUAGCAAUACAUUUCUAAUGAGAGUAAGUGUUAAUGCUAAUCUAGGACACUAAAUGUUUUCACGUAGUGAACGUACCAUAAAACUCCUCAGUGAAUGUACUGCAUGUUCUGUGAUCUGUCAAAAAUACACGUAACAUCUCAGGGUUUGGAUGAAGUCUGGCAUUCAUACAACAUAAACAGUCAAAGAGUUGUAAAUAUAUACACUGUAUGAAGCAAAUCUUUGAAUGAUAUGUAAAGAAUGUCGUGUUCAUAGCAGUAAAUGUGCUUUCGAUGUGCAAUAGAGCUUCAGUGACUGAAGACAUGAAAGUUAAUGUUUAUGAAUGAAGACAUGAAAGUUACUUAUCUGCUGCUGAAAGAUAAAUGUUGAUAAAAGGUUAAAAAUACCAUUUUGUUUUGUAUGACAAUGUGUUACAACCAAAAUCAAUAAUGACUUGAAUUGCUGGAAGGUUUUAAAAACCCGAAAAAUUAGGGAACCAAUAUCUAUUUUUUUCAAAUCCAUAUUUUAAAAUGUUUGACAUCAAAAUAUUUUGUCAUUUUAAUUAGGUCUGCAGCAUAUUUGUAUAUUUUACUGAGAUAACUGUAUUUCAAUCACAAAUUAUGUAAUCCUAAUAGAUAACAUUCCAAGGUAUGA